CAGCCGCACCUACAACUGCCGCUCCUACAACUGCCGCACCAACAACAGCCGCACCUACAACAGCCACACCAACAACAGCAGCCCCUACAACUGCCGCUCCUACAACAGCAUCACCUACAACUGCAGCCCCUACAACAGCAGCACCUACAACGGCUGCACCAACAACAGCUGCACCUACAACAGCGCUGCACCUACCACAGUGGCACCAACGACCGCAAUACCAACAACCGCUGCACCAAUUACAGCCGCACCUACAACAGCAGCCCAUACAACAGCAGUACCUACAACUGCUGCAGCUACAACAGCCGAACCUACAACCGCAGCACCAACGACCGCCGGACCAACAACAGCUGCACCAACAACAGCCGCACCUACAACAGCGGCACCAACAACUGCAGCACCAACAACCACUGGACCAACAACAUCCGCACCUAUCACAGCAGCACCGACAACAGCAGCCCCUACAACUCAGCACCUACAACGGCUCUGCACCUACAACCGCAGCACCAACGACCGCCGGACCAACAACAGCAGCACCUACAACGGCUGCACCUACAACAGCUGCACCUACAACUGCUGCAGCUACAACAGCCGCACCUACAACUGCCGCUCCUACAACUGCCGCACCAACAACAGCCGCACCUACAACAGCCACACCAACAACAGCAGCCCCUACAACUGCCGCUCCUACAACAGCAUCACCUACAACUGCAGCCCCUACAACAGCAGCACCUACAACGGCUGCACCAACAACAGCUGCACCUACAACAGCGGCACACACAACUGCAGCACCUACAACAGCUG